AGAAAGAAUUGCAUAAUGAAACCUUUCAAAUGUUCUAAUUGUGCACACACUUAUUCUUCAAAAGCAGCUCUAAAGCAGCAUCAGAAACUAAAGCAUUCUUAAGAAUAAACUCCAAUCACUCAGCCCUUAGAUCAAUUAAAAGUAGUUGAACCAUUAAUUGAAAUAUGAAAUUAAGUUUGUAAACCCUUAUGUUUC